CUCGGGGAUACUCUGAAAGAGAACCCGUGGUUGGACAUGAACGGUGCCUUCUUUACAAUUGCGUGCGCAGUGGGCAGCAGCGAGCUGUGGCACUUGGACUGGAACGACGACUCCCGCCUCUAUGCCAUCAUAUUCUGCGUCAGUCCUGACGAGGAAGGCUGGGAAGGUGGUGACUGGAACUUGCCGCAACUUGGGUAUCGCAUACGUUUGGAGCAAGGUGAUCUGAUGUUUGUCCUUGCUCGGCGUCUGGUGCAU